UUGCCGGUAACUCGUGGCUACAAUAUACGCAUGCGUUAGAUAUUAUAACAUUUCAAGCUGUGCUGCAGAUAUUAUUUAACAUAACUUUAUUGCGGAAACAACCAUGGCAAAAGUUCUCGAGUUCCACUACGACUUAUUAUCACAGCCAUGUAGGGCAGUGUAUCUUUUUCUCAAAUGUUCAGGCGUGCAGUUCAAAGGACAUACGCUGAGUAUUUUAAAAGGGGAACACAUGAAGCCGGAGUAUUUGAAGAUAAAUCCUUUCCACAAGGUUCCUGUCAUCAUCGAUGGUGAUUUCAUUCUAGCAGAAAGCGCGGCAAUUAUGAGAUAUGUAGCUACCACAAAGCUGAAAGCCGCAGACGAUCACUGGUACCCAAAAGCAGAUGCAAAGAAACAAGCACGUGUGGACGAGUUCCUCCAUUGGCAAGGAUCAGCCAUCCGAGCGCAUUGUAUCACAGUGUUUCUCGGAAUGUUCAAAGCUAAGAUUGACAUCGAUGGCACAGGUAAGAAACCUUUGGAUGUGGAGAAAGACCAAGCUGCGAAAGAAGAAAUAAAAAGAGGUGUACAGAACAUCGCAGACUACUUCCUGAAAGAUCAAAAGAAACAAAAGAAACAGUUUAUAGCAGGGGAUAAAGUAUCCGCAGCUGAUAUUCUUGGUGUGUGUGAGCUGUAUCAACUGCACGGUGUUGAUCAGCUGGAAAGUCUUGUAAAGAGCAACCCUGAUGUAAAAGCGUGGAUGGAAAGGGUAGAAAAAGCGUUGGGACGGGAGUGGAACACUGCAAAUGCUGUCGUUAAUUCUGUGAGGGAACAAUAUAUGACCGCAAAAUAAAUGACAAUACAAAAUAUGAGGUUUAGGGUGAAAGGGACAGGCGUCCUGAAGCUUAUAGACAUAUCUUUUUUUUUUCAAAACAUUUAGCAGCAUAUGUUAAAAGAAUAUAUAUUAAUAUUGUAUUUUUAUCAUAAAAAUACAUCUAAAGUUAUUCUACUAUACAUCACAGUUUUACUGUAAGAAUACCGCAGAACAGACUUUAUACUACAUACUUUAUAGAGAAUAUGAAUAGAACUCACUUUACCGAUUAAUGCAAUUAACUUUAUAGUUUGAACUGCUGACAUAAUACUCUAGAGGUGUCCUUUGAUAAAACGUUAUCAUUUCUUAUUAUUUUAUAGUAAUACUCGUUUUUACGUCUACUGAAACGAUGUUGCUCAUUGCAGAGCUGGAGCGGUCUUCUGCGCAUGUCCGGAAGUGAUUAUCAAUUGGAGCGCACGGCAAAAAAAAAAAAAAAAACACGCAAGUUAUUGCAUGUCCGCAUGCAUUUAGUGUAUAAUAUGUAUAAUAUACUGACUAAAGGUUAGGGUUAGUAUUACGGUAACCAUGGUUACAAAAUAUAUACAUUUAAGAUACUUUUCGUUCAAAUUGCUUGAAUCCGGUAUAUACCGGAGUCUGUAAUUUAUACAGGCGCUCCAGGUCUGCAUUGAGUUACAGAAAUAAUAUAUAGCAGAACUAUGUUUUAAUAUAUUUAAUGCAACGAAGAGGUAAUACACCCGCAGAACAAUAAUUAUUCGACGUGGUUAUAACCGAUUUGGAGCGUUUAAGAUAUAUCAAAACAUGGUUUUACUGUUGUUGUUUUUUUUUGUACUUUGUUUUUGUCCUUCUUUGUUUUGUUUUAUUUGUUGGGCUAAGGGUCACACCGACACAACUUGCGUCAAUUCUGACAUGUGCUUUAUGAAAACAAGUAGACUGAAUAGAGAGAUACUAUUUUAUUUUACAGGUAAGGAUCCGAAUAUAGAAGGUCAACGUGACGUUAACGUAACGUUAACGUUUCCGUGAGAAUCAAAUUAGGAGUGCGUAGACUUCUAUUUAUUAUUACCUUUUCCAAUAAUUUAUGAGAGUUUGAAAUUUAACUGUAACACCAUUUUUGAUAUAUGAUUUAAAUUCUGAAAACAGUAGACCUGUAUGGCUCCAAAUAAUAUUCUAGCGUGUCGUUAGUAUUAUCCUGUUCGUGUUCUUUUCAUAUAAGAAUUAUUACUAUAUACAUUGUCUGAAGACUUUA